GUAAACAAGCUCCGAUCUACAAGUUUCUCUUCGUUUUCUCCGUACGUUCUAUCUCUCCACUCUGUCUAUAGUCGAUCACCACCUCUCUAGUCGUUGACUUGAACCUGCACCGCCGCCUCCGUCAAUUUCCGCCUCACUGUGAACUAUAACUUCUUUCAAUUUGCGGCGGAGAAGACAGCACAAUGGUGAUGGAAGAAGUUACGGAGACGGAGCGCUGGUGCGUCGUUACCGGCGGCAGAGGAUUCGCUGCAAGGCAUCUCGUGGAGAUGCUCGUACGCCAGGAGAUGUUCCACGUCCGCAUCGCUGAUUUAGCCCCGGCGAUACAGCUGGAGGCUCACGAGGAGACGGGACUUCUCGGGGAAGCAAUGAGAUCCGGUCGAGUUCGCUACGUCUCCGCUGAUCUCCGUGAUAAAGCUCAAGUCAUCAAAUCUUUUGAAGGAGCGGAAGUGGUGUUUCACAUGGCUGCUCCAGAUUCAUCAAUCAACAAUUACAAGCUUCACUAUUCAGUCAAUGUUCAAGGGACAACAAAUGUAAUUGAAGCUUGUGUUGAGGUUGGAGUUAAGAGGCUCAUCUACACAAGCUCUCCCAGUGUCGUCUUUGAUGGCGUCAACAGUAUUUUGAAUGCCAAUGAAACAGUGCCAUACCCAUCCAAGCACAAUGACUCGUAUUCAGCAACUAAAGCUGAAGGUGAAGCUUUGGUCAUGAAAGCGAAUGGAAGAAAUGGAUUACUCACUUGUUGCAUACGUCCUAGCAGCAUAUUUGGUCCUGGUGAUAGAUUAUUGGUUCCGUCGCUUGUUGCUGCUGCCAGGGCUGGGAAAUCCAAGUUCAUCAUAGGUGAUGGAAGUAACCUCUAUGAUUUCACUUAUGUUGAAAACGUUGUGCAUGCCCAUGUCUGCGCUGAGCGAGCUCUAGCAUCAGGAGGAGAAGUUUGUGCAAAAGCUGCAGGCCAGGCAUACUUCAUCACCAACAUGGAGCCCAUUAAAUUUUGGGAGUUUAUGUCGCUGCUUCUUGAAGGACUUGGCUAUGAUAGGCCAAGUAUAAAGAUACCUGCAAUUAUCAUGAUGCCAAUAGCACACCUAGUGGAACUGGUAUAUAAAUUACUGGGACCAUAUGGGAUGAAAGUACCACAGCUAACUCCUUCUAGAGUUAGGCUGCUCUCUUGCAGCAGAACUUUCGACUCCUCAAAAGCAAAAGAUCUCUUAGGCUACGCUCCUGUUGUCCCACUUCAGGAAGGUAUAAAGAGGACAAUAGACUCAUUCUCACACUUGACGGCUCAAAACAAUCCCAAAAAGGAGGUUAAUGAUAGGGUUCAGUGGAAAAAGCAAACACUGAUUGCAAUAGUCAUUCUGAUUACUCUCUAUCUUAACUUUGUUGCAAUGACUGGAUACUCUGCCAUACUAAUUCCAAUUUUUGUAGCAUCAAUGAUUUUCUUCUUCCGUGGCAAUUUUCCAGAGAAAAUUAAAUUGUUGGGGAGCAAGAGGGAUGACUAAAGAAGAAGACUCCAUCUUUCAGUAAUCUCAACGUUGCGUGUUUUGGAGCUUUCUUUUUUACGGUUUGUAUACAUCCUUUGGGUAUAUGGAUGUUCAUUGGUUUGAAUUGCUUGUAUUUCUUUUUCCCUUUGUAAGUUUAAACUCUGUGACUGUCAAUUUCAGUUUUUUUUUUAUAUAUAAAAAAACUCUAGUACCAAAAUUUAUUAA